GCCAUAUAGACCAAUUAGCUUGAAAAUUUUGCGGAUGCUGACAGUAGAUCUCAGUUCCUGAGGAACAAUCAGCUGGUCAACUGUAACAAACUUUUAUAGGAAUCAUUCUACAGUGUAAUUUAAAACAUACUUAUGAAUUAAAACCCAUUUAGAAAUCGUGAAUCAAUUUUACGUCACGAACAAUGGCAUUAAAUCUAAUUAAACAGAUUACAGUACUUGCACAACGAUCAUUCGUAAGAAAUAAUUUAUAUGCAAGAUUCUCCAAAUUAUACGAGCCGGAUUAUUUAGAGACAGGAAAAUCAAAGUUUCCACUAUUUCCUAUGUUAAAUAUACAAAUCAAGAGUUAUGACUAUCCUGUACUCGAAAGUUACCAAAAAUUCAUAUAUAAAUUGGCUGAUACCGUACAGAUUGACAUUGAUGACAGUUGGGCAUUACCACACGAGGAAUUCAAGAUACAAAGAUAUAAAACUAAAAUGUCAGUGGUGGCAGCUGAAUAUAAUCUCAAACUUUACCAAAGGAAUAUUCAAGUGUCAGAAAUACCUGCUCUAAAGUAUUCGAUAUUAAUCAGAAUAUUGGAAGCCACUCUACCACAGGGUGUUUUUUUAUGUGUAGACGCUUUUGAUCCCAUGCUAGAAAAGAAACGAUACAUCCCAGACAAACAACUGCUAGACUUGAAGUCUUCAUUGGAAACAUUACACAAAUAGUUUAAGUAUACUUUGUUACAAUUGAUAAUGUACAAACUUAGGAAUAAAUGCGACCGAAUUAAUCGUUAAAAGAAA